UCUACACCUAACACCAACCACAGUAGCUGUCAACAUGAACGACAUCUCAGACAACUCUUCCAACUCGCUGGCCAACGGCGGCACCGUUGCCAACAGCGGCAUUCCCAAGGAUGGCACCGGUGUCUUGAGCAUUGACCCCUGGCUCGAGCCGUUCAAGGAUACCCUCAAGAGCCGCUAUUCCAAGGCCCAAUCCUGGAUCGAUACCAUCAACAAGACAGAGGGCGGUUUGGAGAAGUUCAGCAGGGGUACCGAGAUCUUCGGUUUCAACGUCGACAAGGACAACACCAUCACAUACAGAGAAUGGGCUCCCAACGCCAAACAAGCCUCCCUCAUUGGUGAAUUCAACAACUGGGAUAGGAACGCUCAUCGCAUGAAAAAGAACGAGUUCGGCGUUUUUGAGAUCACAAUUCCUCCCACGGCCAACGGGCAACCAGCUAUUCCCCACAACUCCAAGAUCAAGAUCACCCUCGAACUCCCCGACGGCCAAUGGGUCGACAGAUUGCCAGCAUGGAUCAAAUAUGUCACCCAGGACCUCUCAGUCUCGCCCGCAUAUGAGGCGAGGUUCUGGAACCCUCCCCAAUCCGAACGAUACACAUUCAAGCACAAGAGACCCUCAAAGCCGGAGAGCCUUAGGAUCUACGAGGCCCACGUUGGCAUUUCCUCCCCGGAGUGCAAGGUGGCUACCUAUAAGGAGUUCACCAAGACCAUGCUUCCUCGCAUCAAGAACCUGGGAUACAACGCCAUUCAGCUCAUGGCCAUCAUGGAGCACGCCUACUAUGCCAGUUUCGGAUAUCAGGUGAACAGCUUUUUCGCGGCAAGCAGCAGAUACGGCCCGCCCGAGGAUCUCAAGGAGUUGGUAGAUACCGCCCACGCCAUGGGUAUUGCCGUGUUGCUCGAUGUCGUCCACAGUCACGCCUCCAAGAAUGUCCUUGAUGGCUUGAAUGAGUUUGACGGUACUGAUCACCAGUACUUCCAUGGCGGCGGCAGGGGCAAGCAUGAUCUUUGGGACAGCAGGCUUUUCAACUACGGUCAUCACGAGGUCAUGAGGUUCUUGCUCAGCAACCUUAGGUUCUGGAUGGAUGAGUACGCCUUUGAUGGCUUCAGAUUCGAUGGUGUGACAAGUAUGCUUUACCUCCAUCACGGUAUCGGAACUGGUUUCUCUGGUGGCUACCACGAGUACUUCGGCCCUGAUGUUGAUGAGGAGGCGGUCGUUUACCUCAUGCUCGCCAACGAGAUGCUUCAUCAACUAUACCCCAACGUCAUUACGGUUGCCGAGGAUGUAUCAGGAAUGCCGGCUCUGUGUCUCCCACUAUCCCUAGGAGGUGUUGGCUUCGACUACAGACUCGCCAUGGCCAUCCCCGACAUGUGGAUCAAGAUCCUGAAGGAGAAGAAGGACGAGGAUUGGGAUAUGGCCAACAUUACCUGGACCUUGACAAACAGGCGUCACGGCGAGAAGACCAUUGCUUACUGUGAGAGUCACGAUCAAGCGCUCGUCGGUGACAAGACCCUCAUGAUGCAUCUCUGCGAUGCCGAGUUGUACACCAACAUGUCUAUCCUCACACCUCUAACCCCGGUCAUUGACCGCGGCAUGGCACUGCACAAGAUGAUCCGUCUCCUUACCCACUCCCUGGGAGGUGAGGGUUACCUCAACUUUGAGGGCAACGAGUUCGGCCACCCCGAGUGGCUUGACUUCCCCCGUGAGGGCAACCAGAACUCGUUCUGGUACGCCAGGCGCCAGCUCAACCUUACGGAAGAUGGUCUUUUGCGUUACCAGUACCUCAACAACUUUGACAGGUCGAUGAACCUGACCGAGGACAAGUAUGGCUGGUUGCACGCCCCACAGGCCUACAUCUCUCUCAAGCACGAGGGCGAUAAGAUUAUUGUCUUUGAGCGCGCCGGCUUGGUCUUUGUCUUCAACUUCCACCCCUCCAACAGCUACACCGACUACCGCAUCGGUAUUGAGCAGGCGGGCACCUACCGCAUCGUUCUCGACUCUGAUACCAAGGAGCACGGUGGCUUCAACCGUCUCGACCCCCAGACUCGCUUCUUCACUUCGGACCUUCCGUGGAACAACCGCAAGAACAGCACCCAUGUGUACAUUCCGGCCAGGACAGCCUUUGUCCUUGCACUCGAGUCCACCCUUUCAGAGUAGGGUGUGAACGACCAGAUAUUCCAUCCGUUGUCCAAAUGCGGGUGAUGAGAAUUACAGCGGCCGGGUGAAGGCCACAAGCGUAGGAAAGCAUCGUACGUUUUGUCGUACGCCAUAGAAGAUUUGGACAGGGAAAACCGGUCGGCAUAAAUAGUGCUGUUUUUGUUUUAUCUAUAUUGUAUCGGUCGGCAAGCUUCGUGUUAUUUAAAAGUCGUAUUCCAAAGGUUAAGGACAUAUAUCUGAGAACUGUCAAUUACAUCAACAUCAGACUUUGCAA